AUGCACAGACACCUGCGCUACUACGGCUACUUCGGAGCCCCUCGGGUGCUGAAGCCAGCCCUCCGCAAGAGCAAGCAGCUCCCCUUGGGGCGGCCCCCAGACUGUGGGUCCCCGCUGCUGCGGGAGCCACGGGCUCUCUUUGCCCUGCUGUCGGCACGAGGCCCCCUGCCCGCUCCCCGCUGGCCGGUCGAGUGUGAAGUCGUCGAGGAGGCGAUCAAGCAUAUCGAGUGGGUCCCCCCUCAGCCGGAGCCGUUCUACCAGCCCAUGGGCCACGAGCAGGCUCCGGCCAGCAGCGAGGAGCACGGCACUGUCGUCUACCACAUCAGCCCAGGUACCAUCGGAGACUCCUGUUUCACCCGGGCUAGGGUCGGGGGUGCUCAGGGCCCCCUCUCCUCGCCAGCAGCCACCCUGGCAGGUCCUCACGACACCACCCUCCUUUUUGAGUCGCGCUUUGAGAGCGGCAACCUCCAGAAGGCCGUCAAAGUGGGUGCCCAUGAGUACGUGCUGACCCUGCGGCCGGACCUGUACACCAGCAAGCACACCCAAUGGUUUUACUUCCGCGUGCAAAACACCAGGAAAGACCCUGUCUACCGGUUCACCAUCACCAAUUUGGCAAAGCCCAAGAGCCUCUAUGGCGAGGGCAUGAAGCCGCUGCUCUACUCACAGCGGGAUGCCCAGAGCCAUGGCAUUGGCUGGCACAGAGCCGGGGAUGAUAUCCGCUACUACCGGGGUGGCUCUGAAGAAGGCCGGGCUGCCUACUGCCUCACCUGGACCGUGCGCUUCCCCCACGAUGGCGAUACCUGCUACUUUGCCCACUCCUACCCUUACACCUACUCGGACCUGCAGCGUUACCUGCAGGAGGUGGUGGGCGACCCCGUCCGCUCACAGUACUGCAAGGUGCGAGCGCUGUGCCGCAGCCUGGCUGGCAACACUGUCUACUUGCUCACCAUCAGCAGCCCCGCAGGUGCCGCAGCCAAGAGGAUGGUGGUGCUGAGCGCCCGCGUGCACCCCGGCGAGAGUGGCGGCUCGUGGGUGAUGAGGGGCUUCCUCGACUUCAUUCUGAGCGAUGCCCCCGAGGCUCAGCUCCUUCGGCAGCUCUUCAUCUUCAAGGUGGUGCCCAUGCUGAACCCCGAUGGCGUGGUUGUGGGCAACUCCCGCUGCUCCCUGGCAGGCAGGGACCUCAACAGGGCCUACAGGACGGUGCUCAAGGACUCCUUCCCCUGCGUCUGGCACACUCGAGCCAUGGUGGAGAGGGUCCUGGCGGAGCGGGAGAUCCUGCUCUACUGCGACUUCCACGGGCACAGCCGCAAGAACAAUGUCUUCAUGUAUGGCUGUAGCGGCAGCGGGGCCAGUGCCAUGCCACGGCUGCACGAACGCAUCUUCCCGCUGAUGCUGAGCAAAAAUGCCCCUGACAAGUUUUCCUUCCGCAGCUGCAAAUUUAAGGUGCAGAAGAGCAAAGAGGGGACCGGGAGGAUCGUCAUGUGGCGGAUGGGCAUCUCCAACAGCUACACCAUGGAGACGGCCUUUGGGGGCUCCACGCUGGGCGAGAGGCACUCGCACUUCAGUGUGGAGGACCUCAAAUCGCUGGGCCACCACAUCUGUGACACCCUGCUGGACUUCUGCAACCCUGAUGCUGCCAAGGUCCAGCAGUGCCUGUUGGAGCUGGAUGAGCUGCUGAAGCAGCAGCUUCAUCAAAAGCUCGGGUGCAAGUCAGGCUCCAGUGGUAGCUGGAGUGGCGUCUCCCUCUUGGACCUCGAAUCCAGCACCAGUGGCUCCAACAGCUCCGAGUCCGAUGGCCCUCCUGCUCACCUCCGCGGCCUGGCAGAGCAGCUUAAACAAAGGAAAAAGAAGCGGUUGCAGACAAGGAGAGAAAGGAAUGCCCUGCGUCAGCGAUACACCAUCUCCCGGGACCGGCUGAGCCGGGAGAGCAUCUCGGGUGAGCGCCGUCACCCCAGGAGCCGUGCUGCUGCAGGGGAUCCGCACCUGGCAAGGAGAGAGGGCGGCAGCAUCGGAGCCGUGCUGGGCUGUCCGACGCCAGCGAGUGCCCGCCGCGCAGGCCUGGUUGCACUGAGAGACGCCGCGCUGAGGGAGCAGCCCAAAAGUGUUGCUGCAAACGGGGCUACAACUGCUCGGAGCAGGCAUGGGCAAUCCCAGCUGGCAGGCUGUGGCGGCGCUUACCGAAACGGCACAGGCCACGGCACCAGCUGUGUUUCCUUGCAGGCUGCAGCCCCCGGAGCCAUGACCAGGUUGUCCCUAUGGCGGGGGGAGCUGCACAGCGGACACGAGAUGGUUCCCCGUGGGAGCAGGAUGCGGUCCUGCCUCAGCAGCCCUCCUGGGGAGCGCGGGUGCUGGCCCCACGCCAAGCAAUGCAACGGGUGGGACCUGGCGUCUGACCCCAUGGGCGCUCGCUGUCCGUGCCUCGCGCGUCGCCGAGCAGCUGUGGGCGGGCAGCAUGCCACGGCAGCGCUGAGCCUCUUGCCAGCGCGGAACCAGUUGCCCUGUGCCACACGGGGACCUGCCUCAGCUCCCGGCCGGAAGCAACCCAGCGGGCACAGAAACCUCUCACCCUCGGGCAAGGCUGCAGGCGCCAGCCCCCAACCGUAGCUGCUUGCUGAUGGCACAUUGUCACGGUCACGUUCGGUAUUAAAAGCGGUGCUGCGGCACAGGGCCGUGUCCCCAGCUGCUGUGGGCCAGGCCUCAGCGUGGGAUUACGCAGCCACUGCUGCAGGGUUGGCACCACUAGCGGGGCCCACCGGCGAGCUGAGUCGGGGAUCCUGUGCCCUGGGUUCACGCAGGGCCAGUGGGGGAACAGGCCACUGCCCUGUUACGGCACCCUGAAAUGAUUGUUCUCACAGCCCUGAGGCUUUUCUGUCACUCUGCAGCAGGCAAACCAAGAAAGCAGCAUGGGGAAAGGCGCAGGCGCUUUGGGGCGUGGGGCUCCACGGGGGCAGAGCCCGAGGCUGCCCCGGAGCAGGAGGGCAUCUCCCUCCCGCAGGGCCGCAGGGGGAAGGCCAAGGUCAUGGCGGCAGAGUGCAGCCAACGUUAAGGUGCGGCCUGAAAAACUGGUCGGGCCGGAGCCGCCUCCAUCGGGCUGGAGUGCCCGCAGGCAGAGCGCCGGGCGAGGCAGGUGUGUGGGGCGCGGUGCCCACCAGGCCCUGCUCCUCGAAGCCAUGUCCCCCAGACUGUGGGCCUCGGCCUCGGUGCCAUGCUGCUGCCAGGCAGGCCUCAGGCCGGGUAGGCCCUGUUGCCAUGGUGACACCCCACUGAGGCCCCUCAGACCUCGUCACCGUGGUGCUGCCUCCGGCUAGGUAGGUCCCGUCGCCACCCCCCCCCCCG